AUGGAUCUGCUGCUGGUGGUGAACACGAGCCUGGGCUCCCCCAACGAGUCCCUGGCGCUGCCCCCCUCCUCGCCGUCCUCCUCGGCCCUCCUGCAGCCGCCCUCCCCCUACUCCCCGGCGGCCGUGGCCAGCCUGGCGGCGGUGGUGGGCUUCCUCAUCGUCUUCACCAUCGUGGGCAACGUGCUGGUGGUGAUAGCUGUGCUCACCAGCCGGGCGCUGAGAGCCCCCCAGAACCUCUUCCUGGUGUCCCUGGCCAGCGCGGACAUCCUGGUGGCUACCCUGGUCAUGCCUUUCUCCUUAGCCAACGAGCUUAUGAAUUACUGGUACUUUGGCAAGGCUUGGUGUAACAUUUACCUGGCGCUGGACGUGCUCUUCUGCACCUCCUCCAUCGUCCACCUGUGCGCCAUCAGCCUCGACAGGUAUUGGUCUGUCACACAGGCGGUGGAGUACAACCUCAAACACCCCCGGCGGAUCAAGGCCAUCAUCCUCACGGUCUGGCUCAUUUCAGCUGUCAUCUCCUUCCCGCCAUUGAUCUCCAUGUACCGGGACCCUGAAGGAGAUGGCUUUCCCCAGUGCAAGCUCAAUGAUGAGACAUGGUACAUCCUUUCUUCUUGCAUUGGCUCUUUCUUUGCCCCCUGCCUCAUCAUGGUGUUGGUCUAUAUCCGCAUCUACCGCGUGGCCAAGCUAAGGACCAGGACCCUCUCUGAGAAGCGUACGAUGCCAGAGGGGUCCUCUCAGACUGAGAAUGGCUUGAGCCGCGCUGCUGGCGGCUGCACAUCCCUGAGGAUGCAGCUGGGAGAGAACGGACAUUAUUCAAUGCACCACUGGCGCAAAGCCUCUGAGCUGGAGGACAUUGAGCUGGAGGAGAGCAGCACCUCAGAGAGCAGACGGAGGCGGAGCCGGGAGGAGCAUCCCCGCAAAAGCAGCAAGAGCCAGUCCUUCUCCUACUCAUAUUCCUCCAAGCACUCCAGUAGCCGUCUGUCCCGCUCUAGCAAUCGCUCCAUGCAGUUCUUCUCAUAUCGCCGUCGCCGGAAGCGUAGCAGCAUCUGCCGUAAGAAAGUCACCCAGGCCCGGGAGAAACGCUUCACUUUUGUGCUGGCCGUGGUCAUGGGGGUCUUUGUAGUUUGCUGGUUCCCUUUCUUCUUCAGCUACAGCCUCUAUGGUAUUUGCCGGGAGGCAUGUGAGGUCCCUGAGACUCUCUUCAAGUUCUUCUUCUGGAUUGGGUAUUGCAAUAGCUCCCUCAACCCAGUCAUCUACACCAUCUUCAACCAGGACUUCCGCAGGUCCUUUAAACACAUUCUCUUUAAGAAGAAGAAGAAGAACUUCCGCCAUUGAGCUGGAGGGAUGGAUUUGCCUUGAGCAGGAGUGGAGUUAAAAGAGAAGGAGAAGGCUCUAUGCUGAAAAAGAAGGGAGAGAAGAGAACAUGGGGUUUGGGCGUAGAGAGAAGGAAGAGGGCUCGCCCCCUCGGUGGAGCAGAGUGAUGCUGUGGGGUACGGGAUAGUGUCGGGGAGGCUGAGGGCAUUCACCGUGGUACAGAAUGGCAACAU